AUGCCAUACAGCUCACCCUUUCCUCCUCUCGACAUCCCCAAGUGCAAUAUUCUGUCAUACCUCUACCCUCCCGGCAAGGCCCUGUCCACCAAACCAUUAUGGAUAGACGCUGCCAACCCCUCCCAUAGCCUUUCCGCAGCUCAAAUGCUGUCUUGGGUAAGAAGAUUUGCCAUGGGCUUAGAUAAACUCGGCAUUGGACAGCAACAAGCAGUCAUGGUCUUCACCCCAAAUCAUCUCUAUGUCCCAAUGGUAUACCUUGCGGCCGCAGGAUCUAAACGCUACUUCACUGGUGCGAACCCCAUAUAUACCACCAACGAGGUGGCACAUCAAAUGAAGGCUAUUGAUGCCGCGAUUGUACUUAUCCAUCCCUCGCUGCUUGAAACCGGCGUAGCGGCCGCAAAGCAAGCCAACAUUUCCCUUGAUCGACUAUUCAUAUUCUCCGAUUCAGAAUGUCCCACCACUCGAGGCAUUCGAGAUUGGCGAUCAAUGGUGGCCUCUGAAUCCGAAUCCGAGUUCUGGAAGUGGGAUCUCCUGGAUGGUGAAGCUUCGCUGCAGACUGUUGCGGCAAUCAACUUCUCUAGUGGGACCACGGGCCUUCCCAAGGGCGUCUGCAUCACCCAUCGGAACCUUAUUUCCAACGCUGCCCAGACGAUUUUCAGCAGAUUCGAGGGAACCCCUUACUCAGCCGAUAAUCCGGGACCAGAGAGUUGGCUGGCUUUUCUCCCUCUGUACCAUGCUUAUUCUCAACUUUGGACCAUCAAUAUCGCCUGCCGGCUCCAAGUCCCAGUGUAUAUUAUGGCAAAGUUCGUAUUCGAGGACUUCCUCCAGUAUAUCCAAGCAUUCAAGAUCACAGCGCUGCAGACAGUUCCACCAGUCCUUGUCAUGUUGAGUAAACGACCUGAAGCAGCAAAAUAUGAUAUUAGCAGUCUCAAACAUAUUCUUUGUGGAGCCGCCCCUCUAUCGGGAGACUUGCAGAAUGAAGUCAGCAGUCGAUUCAAAGUCGUGAUCUGCCAGGGUUGGGGGAUGACGGAAACGACAUGUGCGGGCAUCAUGAUGCCGGGCAUGACCGAGGACCGAACCGGGAGCGUUGGGUAUCUCCUCCCCAACACAGAAGCCAUGUUAAUUGAUGAGGACGGAAACGAGGUUACCAGAGAGGGUGAGCCAGGUGAAUUGUGGCUAAGAGGACCCCAGAUGUUACUGGGAUACUGGAAAAACGAGCAAGCCACGAAAGAAAGCAAGACAGAAGGUGGCUGGUUCAAGACCGGCGAUGUCGCCGUAUGCCAGAACCAAAAGUGGUGGAUCGUCGACAGAAAAAAGGAACUGAUCAAAGUGAACGGUCUUCAAGUAGCUCCGGCGGAGCUAGAAGCAGUCUUGCUCGACCAUCAAGACGUAGUAGAUGCUGCCGUUGUGGGCAUCGUUCUUCACGGCGAAGAGCUCCCUCGUGGCUAUGUGGUCUUGCAAGAGCGAGCCAAGGGCAGAAUCAGAGAAGAAGACAUUCAAGAUUUCGUGGCUGGCAGGGUGGCCAAGCAUAAACGACUGGCAGGCGGUGUCAAAUUCAUCGACGAAGUCCCCAAAUUGGCGAGUGGUAAGAUUGUGAGGAAGUUGAUGAAAGAGUGGGCGAAAAGAGACGCUAAAGAUGUGGAGGCUACCGUCAAAGCAAGGCUCUGA